CUCCACGCUGCUGCAGAGAACUCCUGCUCCGCCUCGACACUCCACCUCUGCACAGUGCAACAGCAGCAGCAGCAGCAGGAGCCGAAACCAGCCCGCAGCAGCAGCAGCAGCAGCAGCAGCACACAGUCUCCUGGGUUGUUAACCUGUCGCAUGUAGGAUACCUGAAGACAGGCGGAUAUCGGCUUCUGCUGGGAUUAGAUAAACAGAUACGACACAGUUGUUGUAGAAUCAUUUUGUCUAUUUUUUUGGAGAGCUUUUGUGUUGCCAGGGAAGAGAAAGUCCGAGCAGCCAUGACGCUUCAUCCGGUAUCUGCCACAUCACUCAACAGCCACUUCUGACCAACCGGAUUUAGCAAACCAAAGAUGUCAGCGUGCAGCGACUUUGCAGAACACGUGUGGAAACCCGGCUCUUGUAAGAACUGCUUCCACCCGCUAAGUGCACACCACAAUACUGUUGGCAGCUUGGAUGGCAUUGUGUCAGCUGCUUGUUUGAAGAACAUCCUGGGAGGCGAUGAAGAAACUGGAGUAACAGCGCCUUCACCCUACAGCAAGCCAACCAUCGCUGUCAAACCCACUAUGAUGAGCCUUGACACCAAUGAGUCUAUGACUGACGUUAACAUGAACAUAGAGCAGGAGAACACAAAGAGCCCAGUUGAGCGUUUGGGCCUGAAGAAGCUCUUGGACCUGUCGUCUCUUUACAUUGACAGUAACGGCUGCAACAAGGCCCAUAAAGAGGUGGUUCUUCAGAGUCCUGAAACCAAUAUGGACUACAACAACUGCUUCUCUCUGGCUUCCUUAUCCCCCAACAUCCUGCCAAAAGACUCUAUGAUCAUCAGCAAUAUCUUCGUCACACAGGAGGAGGGUAGAGGUUCUCAGAGUUUAAAGAAGAAUGCCAAUGGAGACACCUGUAGGCAGCAGAAUACAACCACCACUAGAACCAAGAGCACUUAUAAUGGAAUUAGUGUGACGACCAGGGCACAUUUUCAGGAGUCCCAUCAGGCAUCUGUGGAGAUACCUUUUUCUGUCAAUAUUGUCCCUUCCAGUCCUUCCACAGUUCAUAGCAAUGGUAUCAUCAGUGGGAGUACUGCUACCCUUACUACUAAGACAUCCAGCACUUCUACCACUUUCCCCACCACAGCCUUAAGUGUGGACACCAUUAGCCACAGUCCCCUGCCGUCCCUCCACUCUCCUCCCGUCCUGUCUAAACAGAUCAGCCUAUCGGACUCCUCUUGUUCUUAUCGUAGUAGUACAGAUUCACUUCCUGGGGCAGAGGGGUCGGGAGGAAGACAAGUUAGGUCAGGAAGCCCCCAAAGCCCACCAGCCAUGGGUAGCUCACAGUCAGCUCCCAACUCUCCUAAGGGAGAGCUGGACUCAGAACCUAUUUAUGCUGAGAGCACCAAGAAAAAGUGCAGGCCGCAAGGAAAUGGGGUGCAAUCCCAUCCUGUGUCCCCAAACCAGACUAAGAACUUAUCCCAGGGCUCUGAACUUUUAGGAGAUAGUCAACGGGCCACCAUCACUGUAAUGGCCGCUCACACGGAGGACAACAACAGGACUUUCUACCUGAGUAGUCCAGAUUCAGCCAUCAGCACCCAAUGUCAAUUCAGCCCCACAGCACGCAAAGACCCCAGCAGCCCGGCCUUCCGCUGGCCCAGCCCUGGCCACAGUGCACCCUCUUUGAUGACAGAAGCCAUCCAUACCCCAGCUCUCCAGCCCAAGCCUCAGUCUAGCCCACCCAUUCCCCCGAAAAGGACCAGCCGUUCCCCAAAACUGGACACAUCCAGCCUCUCUCCGUCCAUCUCUUCUCCAGUCCUUCUUCCUUAUCUCCCCAGACUGGGCAUCUCCAGCUUCUCCUCGUCCAUCUCAUCUCCCGUCCCUCUCCCAGAACUCCCCAUGCUUUUCCUCGUCUCUGCUAAAGAGGGCCACUUCAAGGUCCAUACAGAGAACCACAGCUCAGCAGUGUCCGAACGCUGGCACAAGCCGCACCACCCUAGUUCUGGCUGGAACUGUCGCAUCGAAGAAGAAGAGGAGGAGGAUGAGAGAGAGCGGAAAGAGGGGGAAAAGAAGAAGUUGGCCGCUAACCCAGGGAGAACCUCUCGGGUGACAGGCCUGGUCAAUAGUGCCGCUGUCUGGAAGGAGGCCAGGGACUGGAAGGCCCACAGCACCCCCCCUUCGAUGACAGAGCCAGGCACGGCCCCCCCGGCUGCCCCCAACAAUGGUGCCUGUCAGGGGGAGACCGAGGGCACCGGUGCAGAGGAGGAGGGCAAGCAUAACGGGAGCAUGCCGUCCAAGCAACCGUUUCAUGGCUGCUCAUCAGAGCUGCUGGCAGCAGGGAAGGGAUCUGCCAACAAUGAGCCAAAUCCACCACCUCCCCCGCCUAAGAAACUGCACAGAGUGUGUAGUAAGAUGAGUGGCAGCAACAUGGAGCUGGACCGCUGCAGCCAGCAAAGGUCGGUAGAGAGUCCUACGUCCUCUCUACGGGGCCUGGGCAGUGCCAGCCUACUCACUGCCUCCACUGACAACCUGACUGCUGACACUGGUUCUCGGGAUGCUACCCGGAUGUCUUGUUCCUCUCCAUUUUCCAGAAGUCCAGUGGCCUCAGCUCCAGGGUCUCCUCACCCGUCCUCUUUUAACACCUUAAGUAACCAGCCACCUCCACUCCCAGAGAAGAAAAUGGUCAACCGCACCGUGUCGGCUCCGGAUAGCGCGAAUGGAAGACCCUUUGUCCGAGGCUACCCACGCCUCCCAUUCACUGGCUCCGAGAGCAACGUGUGUCUCCCCGCUGAUGUUAGCUCCCGGUGCAGUUUACCGUCCAGCCCUGUAGACCCGCGACCCAUUUUCUCUUCCAACGAGUCUCUGGAGCGUUGUCACACCCCGCUAGGUCGACCCUCAAGGUCCCGGACACUGGAUGAGCCACUUAAGACUCACGGGCGUCUGGGCGUCCACUGCAGAAGCAGCAUCACCUGCUCCUCUUCCCCCCAACUCAGCGUGCCCUUCUCAGCCUCAGAACCGGGUUCUGCGCCAAAUUUGGGCUCCAGCCUGCAGCUACAGACCCUUCUGAGUAACAUAGACAGCAGAGAGGGAGUGUACUCCAAACUGGGAGGCCUGUACGCGGAGUCUCUGCGGCGCUUGGCUCUAAAAUGCGAGGAUCACUUCACUCGCUCCCAGAGGAACCCGCUUAGGUUUGAGGAGAGCAAUUGGUCUCUGUUCAGGCUCACCUCCAACAAGCCAAGCUGCAACUCAGGAGACGCCAUAUACUACUCUGCUGCCUGUGCGUCAGACCCCAGCAACUUCUACGCUGUAAAGAUCUGCAAGAGUCCAUCGGUGGAGGCCAAGCAGGGCCAUCUGUACGGUCUGUCAGUGCAGCAGAGCAUGCCUCCCUACUUCAACCUGCAGCAGGACUGUGGCCACUUCCUCGCCUGUGUUCCCCAGAGCAUGUUGCCUUCUGACGAAGUCUCUCUGCCCUCCACACCUGCUUCAUCGCUGCCUCAGCCCUCCAUGUCCGCGCCUAGUCAACAGGUAGAACGAGAGCGAGUGGUGGUCAUCACCUCUGAGAUCCCUCGGCAGACAGCAGCUGACUUUGUUCGGGAGUGGGCGGCGUUCCAUAAAACUCAGCCAGAAAUCUACGAGCGCCGCGUUUGCUUCCUCCUCCUGCAGCUCUGCCACGGCCUGGAGCACUUGAAGGAGCACGGGGUCACGCACCGCGACCUCUGCCUCGAAAACCUGCUGUUGGUGCCUCAUCUCCGCAGGCCCUCCCAGUUCCCCCAACAGACCACCACUGACAACGGCACCGGCAUCGGUUCAAGCGGUGUAGACAGUCAGCGUCACCUUCCCCGGCUCCUCAUCAGCAACUUUGCUAAGGCCAAGCGUCGCUCCUCUGAGGAUGCCGCCUCAACCAGUGUGGACCCUCGCUUCAAACGUGACCACGCCAGAUUGGCGCCUGAGAUCGUCUCAGCAGCUCAGUAUAGAAAAUUUGACGAGUUCCAGACGGGCAUCUUGAUCUAUGAGCUCCUCCACCAAGCCAACCCAUUUGAGGUGAGUCCAGCUCUGAAGGAACAAGACUACCGCUGUGAGGACUUGCCUCCAAUCCCGUCCGUGUCCCUUUACUCAGCCGGCCUCCAGAGGCUGGCCCAGCUCCUGCUCCAACCUGACCCCAUCAAACGCAUCCACAUACAGGAGGCCAAGCGCAUACUGCAGAGCCUGCUCUGGGGCCCCCGCAAGGACUUGAUGGAGCAGCAGCGGGAGAGACAUGUACAGGGGGUCGGCUUUGUCGACGGAUCCCGACACGAGGGCCUCCUUAAUUGGCUGGACGUGAAACGGGCCCUGCUGAUGAUGAAGUUCGCCGAGCGCUCGCUGGAGCCCGAGAGGAACGCGGAGCUGGAGGACUGGCUGUGCUGUCAGUACUUUUCCUCGGCUCAUCCUCUGUCUCUCUGUCACACUGCUGAGCUGCUCUACUCACUAAAGUGAUGGCUCGCUUUAGGGUUAAAACAUGUGUGCGAGUGGAGUCGAAGUAAUGCGUGAAUGUGUGUAUGAGAAAGACCAAUAAUGUCCAAGUUAAUGUCUAGACACUAUGGAGGGGAGAUACUGUGAACCUACUCACCUGUUGUUGUUGUUCACCUAUUGCUGCAUGCAUGAGAGCUGUGCAUCAACCUAACCGUCCAUCAUAUAUCUUUUACAAACAGUAUCCUGCUACAGACUGUCAACUUAGCAAAGGCAUGACCUGUAAACAUUCUGCUGUUUAUAAUUGUUCUUCUCCUGGUCAGACAUAUGGACAAAAUCACUAAAACAUUCACUUAACGACUGAUGCUGAUUUAAAAACAUCUGUAAAAAAAAAAAAAAAAAAAAAAAGGAAGAAUAUGAACGGUUUUCAUAAUCCUGUAAUACACUUACCAAAGUUUCAUGUUUGACACUGUAUAUUGUGUGUAUUUAUUAAAUAUCGAGACAUUUUACCCACUGAGAAAAUAAUUCAUAACCUUAUUCUGUGUCAGCAGGUUUUGCAAAGUAAUGCUGUGUCUUAUCUACGUAAAUGUGCAGCUAACUUUUAAGUUGAAAAGAAAUAUGAGGUCACGAGCAGACUUGCACUGUUGCACCUUUUCCGUCAUGUUUAUUCAUGGGCACAUAGUGCUGUACUGUAUACUGUGUAAACAACACACAUGUCUUGAACCUAAUCCUCGGGAAGUUACAACACAAUGCCUAUUCCUCAGUGAAUUCUGGUGAACUAGUUGCACAAUCCUUGUUUGACAGCAUUGCAUAAUAAAGGCUUAGAAUGAAUUAAUCAUAAGCCAUGCUGUCUAACACAACUCAAUAUUAAUUGGAUUGACAAAACAAUUGGCAACGUUAGCAAAUGCUUCUAUGAAUGGAUGCCCAGUUUUUCCUUACGCUUAAUUUUUUAGUAUAUAUAUUUAAAUAUUUUGACAUUUGUCGCAGUGCCUUUUUGUUCCUUGUAUAUGUUACAGUGACCCCCGAAGCCAAAUGUAAAUAUUAGCGAUCAUUCGUCCUUCGUGAAACUGGCCUUUCACCGAAUGUUCCAGAAACAACUUUGUACAGUAAUUUGUAGAUGAUAUUAGCAGAGAAAUGAGCCCAAGCAGGUCUUAAAAAAAAGCCAUGAAUACGAGCAGCAGUUAAAAAAUAUUUAUGAUAUCAUUUGUUAUCCUGUAGUAGUCACUGGAAUUUCUCUUGUUUAUUUUCAUAUGUGGAUUAUCAAGUAAUUAGUUUUUUUUGCCUCCUGUGUCCCAUGAAGGCUGCAGAGAAAGUUUCAAGUUCAUGGGAAUGUUAUCUCCAACAAAGAAUUUCCUAAUAAAGUCAAGAAUUUAAGAGCCUGCACCAGGUUUUAGUCCAUGACUGACUGAUGUUUCUAAUGUUGCAGAAAGAAAAAAAACACAUGGUCAGAACUCACAACUAAUACAUUAUGGAUUUUAAUUAUUUUGUGUGUGCCUCACCUAUUUGCAUCUAUCAAUAAACUGUGCAUAUAUUUUCUCACAGUA